UGCGGUGGUGUGAGUCGUGUGCAUUAGCUUUGAGGUUGCCACACUAAUGGCUAGACAUCGUGAAGUAUGGGUGACUGGAGCUUUCUGGGGCGUUUGCUGGAGAAUGCGCAGGAGCACUCGACGGUGAUCGGCAAAGUGUGGCUGACGGUGCUCUUCAUCUUCAGGAUCCUGGUGCUGGGGGCGGCCGCCGAGGAGGUGUGGGGCGACGAGCAGUCGGACUUCACCUGCAACACGCAGCAGCCCGGUUGCGAGAACGUCUGCUAUGACGAGGCCUUCCCCAUCUCGCACAUCCGCUUCUGGGUGCUGCAGAUCAUCUUCGUCUCCACGCCCACGCUCAUCUACCUGGGCCACGUGCUCCACAUCGUGCGCAUGGAGGAGAAGAGGAAGGAGAAGGAGGAGGAGAUGCGCAAAGCCCUCCGCUUCCAGGAGGAGAAGGAUCUCUACAGGAACGGAGGCGAGGGAGGUGGCGGCGGAGGAGGAGGAGGCGGAGGUGGUGGAGGAGGUGGAAAAAAGGAGAAGCCUCCCAUUCGAGACGAGCACGGGAAGAUCCGCAUCCGCGGGGCCCUGCUCCGCACCUACAUCUUCAACAUCAUCUUCAAAACCCUGUUUGAGGUGGGCUUCAUCCUGGGCCAGUACUUCCUGUAUGGUUUUCAGCUGAGGCCCCUGUACAAGUGCGCCCGGUGGCCUUGCCCGAACUCUGUGGACUGCUUCAUCUCCAGGCCCACGGAAAAGACCAUUUUUAUCAUUUUCAUGCUUGUGGUGGCUUGCGUGUCCCUUUUGUUGAACCUCUUAGAGAUCUAUCACCUGGGCUGGAAGAAAGUCAAGCAGGGCAUGGCCAAUGAGUUCGUGCCGGAUCGCGAGUCGGUGGGCGGGGACGAGACCCGGGAGGCAGACGACGUGACGGUGGUGCCCGAGACACGGGCUUGCGACACCCUCCCCCUCCCCAACCACCCGCCCAACUACACAGACCUGACGGUCGCCGGGAGAGGUGCCUUCAUGCCCGUGGCGGUGCCUUCUUCACCGCCGCCGCCUUCCCACUCCAUGGCCCUAGUGGGUGCUCCCGAGCCGGAGCUGAAGGCAGAACCGCUCCACUCUGACCCUCUGCACUCCUCCAUCUUCUCCAGCAGCAGCAACAACAGCAACAACUACCGGCUACCGGCGCUGCAGAAUUGGGCCAACGCGGCCGCAGAGCUGCAGACCAGCGAAGUCAAGCCCAGCGCCCCGUGCUUGUCCUCCUCCUCCUCCCUGUGCUCCCUGAGUAACAUGGCGCGAGGCCCCAAGGAGCCGCCGCUGGCCUCGUCGGGCGUGGUGAGCGACGGCGAGAACGACGGCGACGAGUCGAGCGGCGGGAAGAGCGACGCGGGGCCCGACGUCGUCACCACGACGACCACGGUGGAGAUGCACGAACCCCCGCUGCUGCCCAUGGAUGUCCGCAGGCUAAGCCGGGCCAGCAAGACCAGCAGUCUCAGAGCCAGGCCUGACGAUCUCUCGGUCUAG